AUGGGAAGAUGGGAUGUAGUGCUUCCAUUCCUGGCUCCCGGCCGCGGGGCGGUUCCGUCAGGCAGCCGACGCACCAGAGUGGAAGAGUCGCCAAGAUCGUACUCACCGAGUUCGUCAUCGGGCUCUGCCUUGCCAAGAGCUGACGAUGAUUCGGAGCUCCCGAACGUGGAGGACAUCUAUGAUUUGCUGACCUCAGACCUGGCAGAUGUGGAAGAUAGGCUUCGGAGGAAAUCCAGCAAUACUGCUUUGACUGCAAAGGAGGAGAAGCUGCACAACUUGGUCCGGGUGGAGCUAGGUGAGCGGCGCAGUGUGGAGGAGAUUGGCUUGGCACUGAUUGGCGGGCGCUUCGACCUGGCAAAUGUGCCAGGUCUGGACGGCAGAUCACGUCGAGCAUCACCCGUCCAAGAUGGUGCAGAGGUUUGGACUUUGCCAGAUGCGAAAUCUCCUUCAUCAUCAUCUUCCAGGUCGACUGUGUCGAUGAAGGUCGCUUCUCCACUGCCCGACGCAAGCCUUGAUUUGCGUCAGCGGUUUCCCGAGUUGCCACCGAGGUUGAGCAUGGCUGCUGCACAGCAGGCAUCCCACUCUCGGCCCUCGCAGGCAUUCAAGCCAACACCUGUCAACUUUGACUUCGUGAUCGGCACAAGCUCGGUCAAGAAGAAGGCACCAAAGCGCAAGCCGAAAGAGCAGAAGGAAUCCAACGAUCCUCAGAGAAAGGCCGCACCCAAGAAGCGCGAAGCCUUGGGCCCGAAAGCGCCAAAAGGUUUACCGCGACCAAGGGGUCGAAGCACGAAUCCUGCAGCGCAGAAGCAGAAGGACGAGAUGCCAGCCAAAGGGUAUCCAAAGCCUGCAGAAGUUGCAUCGGAAACAGCAGGAGGUGAGGGUACGAAAGAAGGAGAAGAGCCGGACGAGGAGGACCUGGAGGAACCGGAGGGGCCGGAGGAGCCCAGGAGCAGAACUUCGGUUGAAGCUCAGAGUUUCGUUUCAGAGACGUUCCAGGAAGACCAGGCCAGAUCUGAAGGGCAAAGUGUGGAGAGAGCAGAGGCCCAGGCGGCGGCAGAGGACAUGGAGUGUGGCGAUGACAGUGAGAACGAGAAGGGGAAAGAGCAGGAAAGCGCGGAUGAAGAGGCUGGAGGCGACGCAGAGGUCGCAAAGGAUGCAGAGAUUGCGGAGCCGCAGGUGUUCACUGUAGAAGUACCAGAGACAUCAGAGCAGGCCGGGAGUUCGACAGCGAGGUCGGGCGAGCACCAGAAGCCGGACCAUGAAGAGAAUGAAGACAUGCAGUCCCGAAUGCAUCUGGAAGGAUCACACGAUGACGAAGGACUGCAUGCCGAAGAACAGAAAGGGCCAAGUGCAGACGAGGACUCGCCCACGUCCAGCCACAGCAGCUGUCCGUCCAAGCAGUCUGGAAGAGGACUUCCUCCUUCCUUUGCGGAGUCAAGGCCAGACGAGAGCCCUGUCUGCAGCGAGACCGAGAAUAUUCAGCCAAAGAGUGCGAUGCCCUACAUCUCACGUGACAACUCCAGACCGGCUUCCGCAUCACCAUCCGGCACGGUGCGCCAUGAGCCGGAGAAGACGUUCUCCCUCGAUAACGAAGCGCUCAGCACAACAGCUGGCCAUGCUGCCAAUGUGCCCGGCCCGUCGCCCCGAGGCGAAGCUCUUUGCAAGGAGACCAGCUCCAAGUGCGAAAAGAUCCAGAAGACUCGGAAGCCACCCCUACCUCACGAUGCGCUCAGAGCACAGGCGAAGAGCAUCACAAGCAGGGCCAAUGAACUUGAGUACGUGGGACUUGACCCAAAGUUGGUCGAGACUGGUGCAAUCAGGAAGUACCAUGAAGUGUUCCAAAACUUCACCGACAUCUUUAGCUGGGGACGAUCCCAGGAGGUGGUGCCCCAGAGGGAGCGAUAUCUUCGAGAGUCCCUGCAGUUGUUCUCUCAGUUCUGUAACAUCAUUGGUUCCUUGGAAGUGCAGUUUGCCACGAAGUUUGGCCCGGCUGAUCACUCUACGCCCAAUGCGACACACCAGGCCUUGAAUGCAAUGGCCUCUCGUGGUGCAGGGCUCUACGGUGUCUUCCUGAAGGGCAUCAUCGACAAGAUGGAUGCCGACGCCUGCACUGUGCCUAGACCACUGCCAGUCGAGACUGAUGUUUACUCGUUGCGUUACUACAAGGUCGUGCAGAACCGCACGGAGGUUUACGACAUUGUGACUCGCGUCUUCCACCGGAAGGACGGUUGGGAGGAACUCCCGCACGGACUUGGUCUUUCCAACGCCUGGAACCUGUGCUGGACAUGGAGCAAGCCAAAACUGGACUACUCUCGUUUGUGUGUCUGGCAGAAGGUCAACCAUUUUCCCGAGAACAAGCACUUGACUCGCAAGGACUUCCUGAAGAGAUGCAUCGACAGGUACACGAGAACAGGUGGAAAGUUGGGUCAGUACUUCAACAUCUGUCCGAAGACCUUCGUACUUCCGAAAGAGUAUUGCCUGUUCAUUGAGUGCUUCACCAAGAUCGCUGAGGAGAACGGUGAUUUGGAGGGCAGUAGCCCUCCGCGUGGACUCAAGGUCCCGAAUAUGUGGAUCAUGAAACCUGCCGGCAGCAGUCGUGGCAGAGGAAUUCAGGUUAUCAACGACGUGGGUGCUGUCCACUACGGUGAGCUUACAAUUAUCCAGCAAUACAUCAGUGAUCCGUUCCUUUUGGGCGAUUUCAAGUGGGACAUGCGCACAUAUGUGACUGUGACGUCUUUCAACCCGUUGGAGGCGUUUGUUUACAAAGAUGGCUUCGCUCGAUUCACAACGGUCCCGUACAACACCAGUUCCGAUGACAUCGACAACAAGUUCGUGCAUUUGACGAAUUCGUCUAUACAAAGGCACAACGAAGAUCAGUUCAUGCAGAGUGAUGACAACAGCAGAGACAUGACUCGGCGAGAAGAGGCAAUACUUGGAGGAACGAAGAUUUCGUUUCCAAUGCUUCGAGAGCGGCUGGAAGCAAUGGGAGUUGAUUGGGCUACAGUGUGGGCGAAGAUGGUCGAGGUAAUUCUGAAGUCCUUGUGCAUGGCGGAGGAUUUCAUUCCGAACCAGGUGAACUCGUUCGAGCUUUUCGGCUAUGACCUGCUGAUGGACUCGAAAAUGAAGGUGUGGCUCAUUGAGGUGAACUCUUCACCUUCCAUGGGCCAGGAGCAUUUGCUAGAUGAGCACGUCAAGCAGCCUCUCAUUGGCGAUACCAUUGACUUGGUUGAGCCGCUGGAAUUUGACAGGCGUAGGCUGGCGGAGGUUCUGCACCGCCGGGUUGAGCGCAAAGCCGCAACAGGAGCAACGGGUGGCCGGCAGCAGUUGGACAUUGACCUUCAUGCGGUGCUGAAAGGGCAGCUUCCCAGGAAGUAUGGUGACAUGCCACAAUACAUGGGCAAUUACGAGCGAAUUGCACCAAGCGAAGCUUGGGACAGCAUGGUUCGAACGAGGAGCCUUUUAUUCAACCGGGUUGGGUCCUCGAACUGA